CGAGCCGAGAGCACCGCCGGCGCUGAGUGUGCAGGACGCGCCCCCACCACACCCACCGCACGGCCCCUGGAUGAGGCUGCCAGGCGCCCGCUCAAUGCCCGCAGCGCCCCGCCGGAGGUCAGCCCGCUGAGGCAGGCGCGGCCACCGCGCUCACCUGCCCGCCCGCGCGUCAUGGGACAAGCUGGGAACCGCAGCGUCUUACUGCUGACGGCCAACGCGUCCCAGCAGAACGCCACGCAGCCCUCCCGGGACGAGGCGUGGGUCGUGGGCAUGGGCAUCGUCAUGUCGCUCAUCGUCCUCGCCAUCGUCUUCGGGAACGUGCUGGUCAUCACGGCCAUCGCCAAGUUCGAGCGGCUGCAGACGGUCACCAACUACUUCAUCACGUCUCUGGCCUGUGCCGACUUGGUCAUGGGCCUGGCCGUGGUGCCCUUCGGGGCCUGCCACAUCCUCAUGAAAAUGUGGACGUUUGGCAACUUCUGGUGCGAGUUUUGGACCUCCAUCGACGUGCUGUGCGUCACGGCCAGCAUCGAGACCCUGUGCGUCAUCGCGGUGGAUCGCUACUUCGCCAUCACGUCACCCUUCAAGUACCAGAGCCUGCUGACCAAGAACAAAGCCCGCGGGGUCAUCCUGAUGGUGUGGAUCGUGUCGGGCCUCACCUCCUUCUUGCCCAUCCAGAUGCACUGGUACCGGGCAACCCACCAGACGGCCAUCGACUGCUACGCCGAGGAGACCUGCUGUGAUUUCUUCACGAACCAGGCCUAUGCCAUCGCCUCCUCCAUCGUCUCCUUCUACUUGCCGCUGGUGGUUAUGGUCUUCGUCUACUCCAAGGUGUUCCAGGUGGCCAAAAGGCAGCUGCAGAAGAUAGACAGAGCCGAGGGCCGCUUCCACGCCCAGAACCUCAGCCAGGCGGAGCAGUAUGAGCGAGGUGGGCAACGCAGGGCCUCCAAGUUCUGCCUGAAGGAGCAUAAAGCCCUCAAGACGCUGGGCAUCAUCAUGGGCACGUUCACCCUGUGCUGGCUGCCUUUCUUCAUCGUCAACAUCGUGCAUGUGAUCCAGGACAACCUCAUCCCUAAGGAUAUCUACAUCUUCCUGAACUGGGUGGGCUAUGCCAACUCCGCCUUCAAUCCCCUGAUCUACUGUCGCAGCCCCGAUUUCAGGAUUGCCUUCCAGGAGCUCUUGUGCCCGCGGAGGUCUUCUCUGAAGGACUGUGGGAACGGCUACUCCAAUAACAGCAAUGAUAGGACUGAGUUCAUAGGGGAGCAGAGCGGAUAUCACCUGGGCAAGGAGAAAGACUGCCAACUGCUAUGUGGGGACCCCCCAGGCAUGGAAGACUUUGUGAGCCGGCAAGGUACUGUGCCUAAUGAUAGCAUUGAUUCUCAAGGGAGGAAUUGUAGUACCAAUGACUCACUGCUGUAACGCAGCUUUUCUACUUUUUAAGACCCCCUCCAAAACACUAAAGACUAUUUUAGCAUGGAAUAAAUUUAAAAAGAAACUGUAUAUACAUGUGCAGGAGGAAGGACACCCUUCGUAACCCCCUCCCCCCUUUUUUAUUUUUUUAAGCUGUAAACAAGUGGAAAUGUCUGAAUGAUUGUUCCUUGUGGGGUUCCUCUUGGCUUGGAACUUGUAUGUGGACGUGUGUUGUGCUUCAGUCCCAGACGGCCUGGGCUGCUACAUGUGAUGUAUUUUCAGUGUCAACUACCUCAUUUGUUAAGUAUUAGGGGUUCCUAUUGCUGCUACUCAUUUGUAUUUGAAAGUUUUUCCUUCCUGCACCUUUGGACCGGUGGUCUUGUGUAUGUUGGACCUUUCAGCUGUGAACAUGGACUCUCCCAGUUCCUCCUGUUUGCUCUGAUGGGGUGUCAGAGGCAGGGGUUUGAGGGGAAGCUUCAGGCAUUUUCUGGAGCAAAGUCUAAAGUUUACAGUAAAUAAAUUGUUUGACCAUGACUUCA